CGUUUGCUAAGAUGAGCAUCAUUGUUGUGAUCAAACUUGUAGAUUUAAACUAAUUAAAUGCAUCCUUCAGCAUUUUUGUUUCAGACAUAUAUGCUUUGACAAUAAUGCUGCAUAUGAUAUUUCAUGACAGUACGCAGCACAUAUCAGAUCCUCUCACAGAUAUACUGUUUCUCAUUGUGCAAUUUCUGUUGUUUGCAAUGCCACAUUUUCACAGGCUGCUAUUGUUAUGAAAGAGGUGUGUUUCCAUCAUUAUUCUGCAAACCUCUCCCUCUUUGUACUAUUUAACCUGUUUGUUCAGUCACCAGAGGGUAAGGCCAAUAGCAAAGGCUUUUGCCGACUUUUAAGACACUGACAGAGAUUGUAACUCAAGCCGCUCAUGAUGCAAGUGCCGUGGAACUUCAGAUUCGGGAUAGUGAUUCUCGGAGACUCGGCCGUAGGGAAGUCGUCUCUUCUGCAUCGCUUCACUGAAGGAACGUUUGAUGAAUCCCGUCAGUCUCCGCUGGGAAUUGAUUUCAAGGUGCACAACAUGAACUUUGACCCUGAUGUUGUGAUCAAACUGCUUCUGUGGGACACUGCAGGCCAGGAGAGAUUUAGGUCCAUAUGUAAGUCUUAUAUGAGGAACUCUGUGGGCUGCAUCCUGAUGUUUGACGUCUCACAGCGACAGACGUUUGACCGUGUGAGCAGCUGGCAGCAGGAAGUCCUGGACUAUGUGAAACCGAACCCGAUGUUCUUUGUGCUUGUGGGUCACAAAUGUGAUCUGGCCGUGGGCCGACAGGUCAGGAAGAGUGAAGGAGACGCUCUGGCUAAAAAACUCAACAUGCUGGCUUAUCUUGAGGUGUCUACAAAAGAGAACAUUAACGUCAGCGAGGCGUUUGAGACCUUGACCAGAGGCAUAUAUAACCUCUUCCAGCAAGGCAAAAUACCCACCCGAGAUGACUGGCAGGGGUUAACGGUUGGGGCCACCAUUAAAAAAGAGCCACCUGUGACCAAAAAGUCUGCCUGCUGCAACUGCGGAUGAUUUACUGUGAGAUUCAGGCUCAGACAAACCUUCCUGGACAAAGUAUUGUAUUGAAAAUGAUAUUUACUACAGUAUUUUACAUGCAUACUAAAACAUGAACCCUUUAAGUUUUUGUGUAUGUCUGUAACAUGCCACAAGUCCUUUUCUCUCCAUAUGUUAUUCUCUCUGUGACACAGAAAGAGGAAAUGGCAAUUACAAACCUGUUCAGAGGAACCAAAACUAACUUCAUGCAAAUGUUUAUAGUAUUGUGGCUUUGCUGACUAACUGACAUUAUCAACAAUGUUUACAGCUGUCAUUUGGACAGGAAAAAAAAUGCUCAGGAAAAACCUGCACAUUUGUAAAAAUGCAUGUAUUAAAGAUUAUUUGUUUAAUAAUGAUGGCCUUUCACAAGUCUUGUUUCUAUAGAAACAGGUCUCAAAUAAUACAGCACCAUCUAGAGGCCUUGAUAAGCAACUUCCAGUGGAAAUAGUUUCAUUUUAUACAGAACAACUGAUUAUUAUUCAGACAGUGACAAUACUUUUAUGGCAGUAGAUCUGAUUUUUAACUGCAAUAAAAUCAUCUGAAAUGGUUCACAUUAAGCACAAUAACUUGUAUAAAUUUGUAUUUUAUGAGCACUAUUGAGCACUUUCCCGCUUUACCACCUCAUUUUUAACUUAACUUAAGCUUCCGGUUUUAUACACUUAUUUUAAGCAGUACAAAACAGCUCGUUAUGCUGUUUAACAUUGCAAACAAGUAUUUCUUAACCUUAUUACCCUGUCUUUAACUCUGAUAGAUUUAGUGUUAAUGAAACUGAAACGGCGUUAAAUAAAUGUAAAUUUAAUGAUGGUUUCGCUUGCAUUUAAACUGCAUUGCCAACGUCUGUUUUAGACUAGAUUUCAUACUAUGAGUUCAGGUAAUAAUUAAUUGCUCAAGUAGCAGAUGAAGUAAAAAUGGGUCUACAUGUGGGAAAAUGAAUCAUUUACAAAGUUUUCAUUUCAGUCACAUUUUAUUGUAUUAAAAUGACAAAGAUACAAAAUUUAAGCAUUUGUCCAUGUGUAAAUUUGUAUCUUGUUCAUCUGUGGAAUCUGUACAAUACAUAUAAUCUUUGUAUUAUUUUCAUAACAAAACUUUAGAUGUUGCAUAAAAUUUCAAACAAAAGAACAGAGACAAAGAUAUUUGAACUUAUAACGGCAUGUAUCUAAAAUGAAAAAAAAGAAAAAAAUCUGGCAC